CAAUACGACAGUCUAGCAAUGUGUGGCGGCAUUGGAGAGCUGCUAGACCAGAGAAGCUGGCUCAGAGACGCAAGCCCCUUACUCUGUGCUCAGUGUGAUCCCAUUGGUUCCUGAGCUGCUGUUUUAAAGCAAAGAAGAGCUUAGAGGAUUGAACUGCACAGCCAGACGCAGACUCUCUGCCAAGUUGUCAGCACGCUGAGAGGAAGAGAGGCUCGCACACACAAGAUUGCAGGGUGUCCGCAGCUUGAUGUUCAUUUGUUUCCAGAAAGGAAGAAAGAAGAGGGGGCAAAAAAAUAGAGAAAAGGAGGAAGGAGCCUUAUCCAGUCCAGCAGUCCCGAGGGGAAUAAUGGAUGUGACUAUAUCUCAGUUCAUCUUAGAAGAAUUUGAUGUCAACUGCAGCUUCCUGGAUCGUUUACAAGAGACUUUUUUAGAGAGUUCCUCUAUCCCUUUCCUGGGCUUUGAUGGUCCAUACUGCAAUGCCACAACUGAUCAGAUCGGGACCUGCUGGCCCAGAACCUCCGCAGGGGAACUGGUAGAGAGACCCUGUCCGGAGUUCUUCAAUGGGAUCAAAUACAACACCACAAGAAAUGCCUACAGAGAAUGCCUGGGCAAUGGGACAUGGGCUUCCAAGAUAAACUACUCUCAGUGCGAGCCUAUUCUGGAUGACAAGAGGAAGUAUGCGCUCCAUUACAAGAUUGCUCUCAUCAUAAACUACCUGGGGCACUGUAUAUCAGUAGGGGCCCUUAUAGUUGCCUUUAUGCUUUUCUUGUGCUUGAGGAGCAUCAGAUGCCUGAGGAAUAUUAUCCACUGGAACUUGAUCACCACAUUCAUCUUGAGGAAUGUGAUGUGGUUCCUGCUUCAAAUGAUAGAUCACAACAUACAUGAAAGCAAUGAGCCCUGGUGUCGAUGUAUUACCACUGUCUACAAUUAUUUUGUGGUGACCAACUUCUUCUGGAUGUUUGUUGAAGGCUGCUACUUGCACACUGCUAUAGUGAUGACUUAUUCCACAGAUAAGCUGCGGAAAUGGGUCUUUCUCUUCAUAGGAUGGUGUAUUCCUUGCCCAAUCAUCAUUGCCUGGGCCAUUGGCAAACUAUAUUAUGAAAAUGAACAAUGCUGGUUUGGAAAAGAGCCAGGGAAAUAUAUCGACUACAUAUAUCAAGGGCCAGUGAUUCUUGUUCUUCUGAUAAAUUUUGUAUUUCUAUUUAAUAUAGUUAGGAUUUUAAUGACAAAGUUGAGAGCUUCAACCACUUCAGAAACAAUACAGUACAGGAAGGCAGUCAAGGCAACAUUAGUUCUUCUGCCUUUGCUAGGCAUCACCUAUAUGCUUUUCUUUGUCAACCCUGGUGAAGAUGACAUUUCCCAGAUUGUCUUCAUCUAUUUUAAUUCCUUCCUGCAGUCUUUUCAGGGUUUCUUUGUGUCAGUAUUCUACUGCUUCUUGAAUGGUGAGGUCCGUUCCGCUGCCAGGAAAAGAUGGCACCGCUGGCAAGACCAUCACUCCCUCCGAGUCCGUGUGGCACGUGCCAUGUCUAUCCCCACCUCUCCAACACGAAUCAGCUUCCAUAGCAUCAAACAGACCGCAGCCGUGUGAUACGCCCUGCACAAACCUGCACCACCUGGUGGCCUUCAGGGUUCUUUCUUCAUUCUCCUCAAGUUCCUUUCUUCAGAAUUCCUUCCUUUAUUCUGCACUGCUCUUUUGCAAUGAGGUGCCCAUCAUAUUUUUGUGAACUCUCAUCUCCCAUGUUUGUGAUGCUGCUUUACGGCAAUCGGGCAAGAGCCUCUUGGAGUAGUUGGUUGUGAAACAAUUUCAAAGAAGAAAGGGAUUCAACAGUGACUGCACCUUGUGGACGUUCACAAUACAAAGUCUAAAACAGCAAACUGGCAGGAACAAUCAAUUUUUUUCUCCUUUCUUUUUUGACUGUUUUUCCCUUCUAUAUUGUGGUGAGCAAAGACUAUUUUUAGCAUACUGCCCAUCUCACCCUGUACAUUGAUUCCCAAUGAUUUCAACAGUUUAAUGUAUAGAUAGCCUGUCUUUUUCUUGUUUCUUUGUAAAAAAAUCUUCUCUGCAGAACUGUGAUUUCAGAACAUGUGGCAGCAAGAAAAAGAAAGUUGGUGUGGAAAAUCUGAAUUUAUCUACCUUCCCCAUUUAUUCCCUUGAUUACUGGGGGCUGACCAGGACAUCACUGGAUAUUUAAUGCAGGACACUUUGCCUUGCAAGAACCACGAUCUGUUCAUGCACAGAAUUUUGAAAAGGACAGCAGUUUCUCCAGAUAGCUCUAUAAAAUAUCCUUAUUCCUUUUAGCCCCACACUUUCAACAUAAUGUAAGUAGCCUUUGGAAAGUCUUUGGUUUUUUUUCAGCUAAGAGGAUUAGGAUUGGGAAGGACAACAGAACAUGUUUUCUGGGUUCAAAAACAAAAAAGGGAAGCACUUAUAAAUAGUAAUGAGAAGAAGAUGUUUGCAUUAUGAGGAUAGUGCUACGUGCUCCACAAAAAUUAUCUACUGAGCAUUUUGAAAUAGAGCAGAUGUAUCUACUAGGCUUUUUAUGUGAUGUUAAAAAAUACUGUGUAUUUUCAAUAAUAAACACUACUCUAGGUUGGUUUAAAUAAAACCAUGCAUCUUUUUCUUUACUCUGGAAAGGAAGAGGACACCUAUUUUGAGUGUGGGUUUGUAUCUAAGAUCGGGGAAAGAAAUCUUGUUUGAUGAUUAGCCAAUAAGAAUAACAAUCUUAUGAUAACAAUCUGAGCAAGAGGGCUUUUAAAUGCAAGAUGAAUUGUCUCCCCUCUCAGCUGAUGGUGUUACAUUGGAUUCCUGUCCUCUGCACUCCACUUCCCUCCACUGGGCUUUGCAACAGCAGAAACAAAAAGGCAAGUUGUGUAAUAUGUUUUCCACCACCUGUAUCUCACCAGUGCUGGAGUAAUUUACUCUUUCCACUUUAUCAUGCUUAUUCAGAAUUUUCUUCACAUGUUUUAGAGGACUUCCCAACACAAGCUCAUUUUAAUUCACCAGAUUUAAAUUGGACUCCGUCCAGGCUUUAGGACAACACAGGGCUGGAAAAUAUCUUGGAAAACACUGAUGUUAGUGCCCUGCUUUUGGAGGCAUCCCGUCCUAAGAGCUCAAUCACAUUCAGCUUUGAGAUGGUUAACAAAGUGCAGCAAAGUUAAAUUAAGAAAUUAAAGUUUUGUAACUUUCCCCCCUCCUAUCUCUCAUUUGAAUUCAAGUGCCUCAAUGAGGUAACUGAUGGAGGAGGGAGAUUUGUGAUUCUGUCUAGUUAGACCUGUUAUCUCUGCCAAAGAGGAAGAGCAGUGAAGAGUCUUUAGAUAGCCUUACAUGUGGCAUAACAACUGGCGUAAGACAUCCCAGCGCGGUAGAGACACAAAUAAGACUGGAAAUAUCCCUGCCUAUGCCAUUCACUGCUGUCAGUGCCCUGAGUUCUGCAGAGCGAUACAAACCAUCUUCAUUGUAACUGGGAAACAAAAGCAUCUGAUGAGACAGGACUGUAUCUGUGCUGUCGUUCAUUGCAUGCAUCACAACUGCAAUGCACAGCCUCCUGGCAUUUUGUGUUUGAAGGGACAAGUGUAUCUACAGGUUAGAAAUAUGUGGAUCACGUAUCUCUGUGUUUGCUCUGUCUCUAGACCAGUCCAGGAUGAAAAAGGGAU